AUGUUGUCCAAUAUCAGUUUUAGUCCUGCUCCCGAACUGGUCGAUCUAUACGGUUUGGUCCUGAAGUUUUUGGUGUCCUCGGAGACCACACUGUUUUACUUUAACCCCACUGGACAGAAGUGUAGCUGGGAAACACUGUUGAGGACUAAUCUAUCCAGUCAUCCCCAGAUCAUUUGGUAUCGCGAGGAACCUUAUCCAGGAUUGUACAAGCGACACAGCAGUAAUCUCUUUGUAAUGAGCUGUCUAUCAUCGAUGUCUUAUGCUGGGCAGCUCAAGCUUUUGGCCGAGAGUUUGACCAGAUUCCGGUUGGUAAGAGUACUUAUCGAGGUGCAGGAUAAAGGAGGCUCCUUUUUGGCCUCUCAAAUCCUUUUGCUCUGCCAACAACACAGUAUGCUAAAUGUGGUUCUGUACUUUUCACGCUGGACACGCACUCUGAAUGUCUUCAGUUACCUGGCUUUUCCGUAUUUCAAGCUCUUGCAGCAGCGAUUAUUGGGAUUUUCCCCACCCAACAUUUUCAUCGACCAGCUGGCGGAUCUCCAAGGCUAUAAAAUUCGGGUUCAACCCGACCUGUCACCUCCCAACACAUUUCCGUAUUGGGAUCAACGUGGUGAAUAUCGAAUAGGUGGAUUUUUGUGGAGGAUUGUAAAGAACUUUUCAAAAAGUUUGAGAGGCGACAUCCAGGUUCUAUAUCCGACAUGGCCAACGGCCAAAGUUUCAGCAGCAGAAUAUAUGAUUCAGUUUACUCGGAAUGGAAGUUCGGACAUCGGAGUAACUACCACGAUGAUAACGUUUAAGCACGAGGAAAGGUAUCGCGACUAUAGCUACCCUCUGUUCGACAUCAGCUGGUGUACCCUGUUGCCGGUGGAGAAGCCUUUAAGUGUGGAAGUCCUAUUUUUCCGUAUACUGAGUCCUGGAUUGGCACUUCUUCUACUUUUCGCCUUUAUACUGUGCUUUUUAAUAGUUCCCCAGCUGAUUAAGUAUUGGGGUAUCGCUUUUCGUGGACGUUUAAUACGAAUGGCUUCAAGGAUAUUCGCCUUGCUGAUGCUUUGCUCCAGUGCUGCCCAAUUGCUCUCCCUGCUCAUGUCCCCACCGUUCCACACACGAAUCAAAAGCUUUGAUGACCUUUUAUCCUCCGGCUUGAAGAUAUUUGGCAUAAGCAGUGAGUUCUAUUUUCUGGAUGGCGGUUUUCGGGCCAAGUACGCGUCAGCUUUCCACCUGACUGAUAACCCAAAUGAGCUCUAUGAUAACCGAAAUUACUUUAAUACAAGUUGGGCCUAUACCAUCACGUCGGUAAAGUGGCAUGUGAUUGAGGCCCAACAGCGGCACUUUGCACAUCCAGUGUUCCGGUACUCGAAGGACUUGUGUUUCUGCUCGGACUCACCCUGGGGCUUGCUGUUGGCACCGGAGUCCUUAUAUCGGGAACGGCUUCAUCGUUUCAUCCUAAACAUGAACCAAGCUGGCUUAAUGACCCAUUGGAUGACCAACAGUUUCUAUGAGAUGGUGAGAGCUGGACGCAUGACUCUCAAGGAUUAUAGCAGCACACAUCUAAUGGAACCGCUGCGCAUCAAGGACCUUCGCAUGUGCUGGCUCAUCUUGGCAGUGGGUCUGGGCACUGCGACCGUCGUAUUCACCAUCGAAUUGCUUCUUUUCUACACCAACGUAUUUCUCAAUAGCUUGUAG